AUGACAAGGAAGAUCUUCACCAACACCAGGGAGAGGUGGAGGCAGCAAAAUGUCAACAGUGCCUUUGCCAAGCUGAGGAAGCUCAUUCCCACCCACCCACCGGACAAAAAACUGAGCAAGAACGAGACGCUCCGCUUGGCCAUGAGAUACAUCAACUUCCUCGUCAAGGUGCUGGGAGAGCCAGGCCUGCAGCAGACAGCAGUGGCAGCCCGGGGCAGCAUCCAGGGGCUCUUCCCACACUUGCAGAGCAUGGAAGAGCUGACCCUGAUUGAAAACUGUGGUGUCUCCUGUCCUGGCAUGAGCAGCAAUAUAGUAGAGUGUUGGUCAGAGGCAUCAUCCCCCUAG